AGCUUUGAUGCGUGGAGUUCAACAUUUUUUAACAAAGCUUUAGGGAGGUGUUUGGACUUGUCGAUCAGUUGUAUACGACAGUAAUUGGCACAUCUGCGAUUUGUUCGCUGUCGCUGCGACAGCAGCGCCAUUCACUUUGGUCGAUUACGAAGGCAGAGAUUAUUUCGAAUAUCUUGCGGCGCUCCCUCCUUCCGAUAACGAGCUUUCGCUGGUCAAUGACUUCGCUCGUCAGCAGCAAGUCGUCAACCCUAACGGAAAAGACGUAGAAAAAUGUACAAGUGAACGUUCUAAGGCAUCCGAUGUCAGAACGCGAGAGGUAGAGAGUAAUUCAUAUCUUGCGGCACUCCCUCCUUCCGAUAACGAGCUUUCGCUGGUCAACGACUUCGCUCGUCAGCAGCAAAUCGUCAAUCCUAACGCAAAAGACGUAGAAAAAUGUACAAGUGAACGUUCUAAGGCAUCCGAUGUCAGAACGCGAGAGGUAGAGAGUAAUUCGUACGAUGCAAUACCAAUAGCAAUACGGUUGGACUCAGAGAAGCGAGAAUUUGAGAAAAAGGAGAAAGAACGCAGAAAGAAAGAGAAGAAGCUACAGAAAAUAAACAAAGACAAAUUGUUGAUAACUCUAUCUCCACCACUUGCAGAAAUACAGGCUCCUACGGAGAUGUCUAUCCCUGAAGCAGAAUCUACAACAGUGAAUUACGAUAGUACGACAGUAACACCAAACGAGAAAUGUAACGAGGAAACAGCGAAAGCAAUACCCACAACAGAGCCAAGCACAGAGCCGACCACUGAGCUGGCCCCGACGAAAACAAUACCCACAACAGAGCCAAGCACAGAGCCGACCACUGAGCUGGCCCCGAGUUCGGCAGAAACUGAAUUCAUUCCUUUGCCAACGAGAAGUAUCAGGAGGAAACAAGCUAAAAAGAUCAAAGAAAAGAAAGGGAAACAAAGCAAACCGAGGGAGUCAAGGGACAGUCCUUUAGAGAUGAACAAAGAAGAAACAAACAGAGAACCAUUACCAGAUGUGGGAUUCCCUCGCAAAAGGCAAGGCCCGAGACGAAGGACCAAGAAGGUCAUUAGAAGGACCCCUGCUAAAGUUAUCAAAACCAGUGAAACGUUGGCAACAACAACGGAGAUAAUUCAGGAAAUGUCGGCAGAUCUGGUAAGAAGGAAGAUCCAGUUGUAUCAGCAGAGGAAAUUGGCAGAAGCGAGGCAGUUGCCUGCACUCAAGAAAAGGCGAAGAGUGCGCAUUGAGGGCCGACAUCUGCUCGGUGAUGGGGAUGAGAACGUUGCUGUUGCCUCAAACGCAGAUCAGUCUCAUCAAAAAGAGAUGAAGGUAAAAGAAGGAGAGGUCCCGCAAACUGAAAUUGACGAGAUCAAAAAGGAGAGAAGAGAUGAAAAGAAACCACUGAAAAAGGGGGCGACAAAUUCAAGCCCACCUCCAACAACUACAAUAGUAUCAACCCCAGCUGUGGGGGCCACAAUGCCAGGUCUUUCGGCUGAGGCACUGAAAGUAGCUCUAGCAAAGGAGAUAAGAAAAUUCGUAUCAAAGGAGUUGAGACAUAAGGUCCUGAAAAUAAUGUCAAGGGACAUUUUUUCUUGUUCAGACUAUCACCUCGUCGCGAAAUGA